AGUGUGGAAUCCUCUGGUUAUCGUCGCCAUCCUGGUCUCGGGGGCACCGAUCUCAGGGUCUUCGGGAGGAGAAUUCUUGCCGUUACUGAUUUCUCGCUGAAGGCAGUGUCCUAUGCAAGGGGACGUUAGGAGCACCCGAUUUGGCGCCCUGGGGCCUUGCGGCCUUUGCCGCCCGAAGAGGGGCGCGAUGAGCGGGAAUGGGGGCUUCAGGGUGACCUCCGAAAAUGGUUCGCUAUUCACUUGACCCAGAAAACCCCACUAAAUCAUGCAAAUCAAGAGGUUCAAAUCUUCGUGUUCACUUUAAGAAUACUCGUGAAACUGCCCAGGCCAUCAAGGGUAUGCAUAUUCGAAAAGCCACCAAGUAUCUGAAGGAUGUCACUUUACAGAAGCAAUGUGUACCAUUCCGUCGUUACAAUGGUGGAGUUGGUAGGUGUGCCCAGGCCAAACAGUGGGGCUGGACACAGGGUCGAUGGCCUAAAAAGAGUGCUGAAUUCUUGCUGCACAUGCUUAAAAAUGCAGAGAGUAAUGCUGAACUUAAGGGUUUAGAUGUAGAUUCUCUGGUCAUUGAGCAUAUCCAGGUGAACAAAGCUCCCAAGAUGCGGCGCAGAACUUACAGAGCUCAUGGGCGGAUUAACCCCUACAUGAGCUCUCCUUGCCACAUUGAGAUGAUCCUUACUGAAAAAGAACAGAUUGUUCCUAAACCAGAAGAAGAGGUUGCACAGAAGAAAAAGAUAUCCCAGAAGAAACUGAAGAAACAAAAACUUAUGGCCCGGGAGUAAAUUUAGCAUCAAAUAAAUGCUAGUAAAAGUAAAAGCAGAA